GUAUUAUUUGAUAGAAAAAUACUGGAUAUUCUGAACGAUGCAUCCGUCUGUGGAGCUAGAAUGUGACUUGAUGUUUCGGGCGAUGACCUUUCCUCCCUUUUUUGUGGAAAAAAAACCCUUUCUCUAGUUGAAGUGACGGAUGCAAAUUUUGAACAAACUUUAUCGAUAUACAUUUCAUGCUAGGCUUCAUGGGAUGAGGAGAGGAAUCUGAGACUGAUGAUGCCAUUUAAACAGCAGACCCCGAAGGUGGGUCGCUGUUCAAAGAUGGAGUAACAGAUUGUACCAUCUGAACAGAGCAGGAAUGUCUGCAGUGGAGAACCCAACUGUUGAAGCUGACCCUUCUGGAGAUGGAAGUGAAAAUCAAUCCUCCUUUGCUGAAGUUCCAUAUAUCAAGCUGGAGCCUCGUGUAGAAAUUAAUGAAGAUGGUGGUCCCUCCCAGAAUGUUGCCAUGGGAAUGAAAUUUGUCCUACCAAAUAGAUUUGAUAUGAAUGUCUGCUCUCGGUUUGUAAAAUCUCUGAAUGAAGAAGAGAGUAAAAAUAUUCAAGAUCAGGUGAACUCUGAUCUAGAAGUUGCCUCUGUACUAUUCAAAGCUGAGUGCAACAUACACACCUCUGCUUCUCCUGGAAUUCAAGUAAGACAUGUCUACACACCAUCAGUGACCAAGCAUUUCUCGCCCAUUAAACAGUCGACAACUCUGACUAACAAACAUCGUGGCAAUGAAAUCUCAGCUGCACCUUUACUCUUGCACUCUUUGUCUGUACAUCAGUUGGCUGCACAAGGGGAAUUAAUUUAUUUGGCAAGCCGUAUAGAGCAAGACAAUCUGCUAAACAUGCAAGAUGAGCAAGGCUUUACACCAUUGAUGUGGGCAGCAGCUCAUGGACAAAUUGCUGUGGUGGAGUUUUUGCUACAGAAUGGAGGAGAUCCACAUCUUUUAGCCAAUGGGAGGGAGAGUGCACUGUCACUUGCCAGCAGUAAAGGCUACUCGAACAUUGUAAACAUGCUGCUUGACUAUGGUUGUGAUGUGAAUGAAUAUGACUGGAAUGGUGGAACUCCUUUGCUUUAUGCUGUACAUGGAAAUCAUGUCAAAUGUGUGGAGACUCUGUUGGAAUAUGGUGCUGAUCCAACUGUUGAAACUGAUUCUGGAUUCAAUGCUAUGGAUAUGGCAGUUGGGUUGGGUUUCAAGAAUGUUCAACAGGUUAUUGAGGCUCAUUUGCUGAAGUUGCUGUUGAAGAUUAGGGAAUGAUGGGCUGACACCUCUGGUAGUCACAGAAGAAUCAGUUAUUCGAACUAUUAGAUGCAUCAACUGAGUUCCUUGAGGGAGUGCUGGAAAAUGUUUAUAUUUGACAAUAUAUCAAUCGAUAUUCUGAUUGUAAUUCAGGAAUGGUGGAAAAAGGAGAGAUUAUUCUAGAUCCAAGUUUGAUUGUGAUGAUAGACUAACAGCUGGUGAACAUGACUCCAGAUUUGCUUUAUAAACAUUUAUUUAAUAAACCAUCAUCACUGAAUUGGAAAAUGUUAUCCAAGCACCAUAAGUUGAGCCUAUUUGUUUGAAGUACUGAAGGAAAGCUAGACACUGAGAUUAGUUUUGUAGGGGGAGAAAAAUUUCAUACUUCAGUAGAAGGAAUUCUUCUAACUACUUGAUUACUGAAUAGGAACCUCAGUGAAUAAUCAUCAAAUUAUUUUGUAAACUCGUAAUAUUUGGGGGCUUAAGAUUUACUGAUCAGUGACUACCACCCCUGUACCCCUUUUUGGGUUAGGGGUGAGGUGUGGUCAGAGUCUUCAAAUGGUAUUUCCUUAGAUGUGAGAUGGCAAAUGAUAAAUGUGGCAAUGGAAAUUUAGAAUUAAUUCAUCCAUCAAUGGCACACUAGUAAUCUGGUACCUGAAUAAAGCAAGUCGACAAUGUAAACUAUUAAGCAGCCAGUUUUUCUCAAUGGCUGUGGGCUUGUAGUACUCAAGGAAGUUGGAAACUGGCAUUCCACAGCCCUACUCCAGAGGGUCCUGUCAAACAAUGCCACCCCCACAACACCCGCACUGCCACUGUGUACAUUAUGGUCCAAACUGCAAAGAGGUUUACCUAUUAAACAUGAGGUGAGACUCCAUAGCCAUAAUUGGAAGAAAUCUAGUUCCCACUUCAAUUCCUCCAUAUUCCAUUAGGAAGUUGGAUUAGCUGGUUGAUUAGUAACACUCACCAGGGUGCUAUUUAUAGAAAUGUCCCAAAACAUUCACUCUGCAGAUCGAUGUUAAAGAUACCCAGAACAGUGUAUACCCUGAGGGCUGGUUCCCAUUCUUGUGAAACAGAAAUUCUACAUGCUUAGACAAUUUUAAACACGACGGUGUUUCUGAUCAUUUCAAAUACAUGGCCAACCUCUGACAGAUGGAGCUUUUGACAUUUUGUUUCUGUUGUUGAAACUGUAAUCUUAAUUUCUUGUUAUUGCCCUCCUCCUUAGGGCCAUGCAGUUUUCUGACAUCAGAAGAGUUUUAGUUCCAGUCACAUUAUUCUGAACUUUUUUCUUUUAUGAUCAAUUGUUCUCAACAUAAGUCUUGCCUGUGCUGACCUGAGAACAGUCCUGCUAUCUUACCUGCUUUCCUGAGCAAUUUGAUGACUCAUUCAUUCUUUCUCUCAGGAUUUAAGGCAGCAUGUACUAACUAAAUUAUUUGGAGAAUUCUAGUAUAGAAUGUACAUGUGUGGACCUGUUUGGUUAGAACACUAUCAUCUCCCACUAGUCCGGUCAUAAUUUCACACCAGACUAUUCCAUUGCCAUUAGUGCAUUAUUAUUGAAGAAUUGUAGAAUUGUUCCAUUAUGUCAUUGACUCAAACUGUAUUUGAUAUUAAUAUAAAAGAAUGUUUGAAAGUUG